AAGUAAAGGAUGUUGGUCAGCGAGUGUUGAAGGUAUGGGUGGUAACGAUCUAGUAACACUGAGCCUUCCCGCAAGUCAAGAGACUAGGUUGUCGCCAGGGGAGUGUUGGCUGUGAUAAUACAAUUGCUUUAGGGGUUCAGGACAGCCUCCGGGAGUGUGGAGGAUGACCAGCGUUUUCCUUUUUUGUCGGGAUUCCUUAAGCUUCCACAUUUAAUAGGGCACUGACGUAAGCGCUCUGCCUUGGCCAUUCAGUAAUCAUCUCAAAGUUCUGGAGCUUUCGAGCGCUGACUCAGGCGCUUACGGAUGUGGGGGCACACGUAUGCCCUCUCUGGAGAUAUAUAAGAGAUGCCGCUGCCAGUCUUCAGACCCCUUUGUUACACAUUCAGCAUGUACUCCCAUUCUGAUUACUACCAUGCUCCUCACCCUUCUGCACCAAGGCGCUUGUCCCAUCCUAACGAUUUGAACGCCUUUGCUGACCAGCUCGAAGCCCAGGCAGCUCGAGCUCGGGCAGCUGCUUCCUUUGCCAGAGUUGAUUCAUUCCCUGACCGUUACGAAUGGCAGUACUCUAAUUCGCCAACCUUCCGCAACUACAGAGAUGAUGCUCAUGGGCGACCUAUCCCUUGCGAAUACCACCCAGGACCCGAACACAGGCAUUCCCGUGGCUACGACUUCUACGACGGGCCCCGGUACAUACCCAGCGCACAAGGCUGCCCACGUCCAUCUCGCUAUCCUCAGCCCUACUUUGAGGAGAAUUAUGACGACUAUCCCGAGCGACCUUCAUGUCCGGGACCUGCCUGUUCACGCCCCUGCCGAUCGCACAUCUCCCGCCCACCCCAGCCUUAUUUCGAGGACCAUGGCGAGUUUUACGAGCGACCGCCGUACUGGGGAUCUAUCGGUUCGCGUCAGUGCGGAUCGCCGCCUCGAUGCGGGUGCUCUGGGGAGCCUGAACAAUGCUCCGAUGUUUCGUGGGUGGAGUUCGACCCAUCGACGUUCGCUGCAGCGCUCGUCCCUCGUUUAGACCCUGGACAGGGCCCGCGUGGUCUAGCUCGCUCCCAUGGACCCAAGUGUGCUGACAGGUCCCAACCAGAUUCACACGAGGACGUUCCGUCCGCGGUAUCAGGAUUGCUAGGCCUUCCGGAGAAGAAAAGUUGCGAGGCCGUAUGUCCCUUUCAGUUUCUGUUAUGCUUGAGUGUGGAAUACUGAUCACCCCGGUAUAUUAGGUUUCUCGCCCUGUUCAACGCCAACACUGUGCGCGUCCACAGGUCGGGCCUGUUCUUCAGGAAAAGGAUCUGCAAGUGCCUUCAGCGCGUGCCGC